UCCAUCUGAGCCUCCUUUCCCGCGAACUCUCAGGCCAGCUCUGCGGGUCAGCUGGUAGGGUGUCAAACGCGCGCUACAGGGCUGAACUCUGUCAUGCUGUUCUUGGUCAUCAUCGUCAUUUGUGCAACCCUGGGUACCACCGCUGGGGCUCACAGUCUCCACUAUAACUUCACAGUGAGAUCUGAAGGUGGAUCAGUGCAAUCAAAGUCCUUCGCUGAGGGUUAUUGGGACCAUCAGCUCUUCCUUCAGUAUGAUAGUGACAAUCAAGGAAGUGCAGAGCCCCAGGGGCCAUGGGCAGAAAAACCUCUGGGAACUGAGAACUGGAACACAGAGAUGCAGGACUUGGCAGAGCAGAGCAAGAAGCUAAAAGCAACCCUGGCAGAUAUCAAUGCCCGACUGGUGCAGAGAGAAGGGUCUCAUUCCCUCCAGGAAACUCGGGGCUGCAAGAUUCAAGAGGACAACCGCACCAGAGGUUUCUGGAAUUUCCACUAUGAUGGGGAGCCCUUCCUCUCAUAUCAUCCAGAGACUCGCAGCUGGAAGGUGCAGCCAUCCUCAGCUCAGAACUUGGCUAUGGAAGUCAAGAAUUCCUGGGAUGCAGAUGGCAUGCAAAGCAAGGAUUACUGGGCCCACGUGCAUGGAGAGCUUUGUGGAAGACUUAGGAGAUAUCUGUUCUCCUGGAAGGGCUCCUCCCACUCCUCUGGAGCCUCUGCCAAGGGGACCUUGUUGUCUCCAGCAGUGAAUGUGACCUGUGAUGAGGCCUCAGAGGACACCAUCCAUGUGACAUGUUGGGCUUUGGGCUUCUAUCCCCAGGAUAUCUCUGUGACCUGGCAUCAGGAUGGGGAACCCCUGAGCCAGGACACACAGUGGUCUGGGGGUGUCUUGCCAUAUGGGAAUGGAACCUACCAGACCUGGGUGUCCACCAGUAUUCCCCAAGGACAGGAGCAGAGGUUCAACUGCUGUGUGGAGCACAGUGGGAACACCAGUACUGACUCUGUGUCCUGUGGUGAGCCUGAGGGUCCCAGCAGGGGUUCCCAACCAGGGACUGCACUGCAGCUCCUAAAACGAUGGAGCAUCUCCCUGUGUGUUGCUGCUGGUGCUGUUCUUCUUGCUGUGAUUCUUGUUUGUGUCUUUUGCUACAAGAAGAGGAGGACAACAUCUGCUGUGGAGUGUUCAGAUCUCCUAAGCCUACAAGUCUGGAAUCAGCAGCAGAGGGCACCAAGAAACCACACUGGACCCAAAUGGACUUUGCUGAGAGCUCCUUGGGUUUCAUAGGGAGCACAGACUGUGCAGCCCUGCUCUGGCCAGCACUUUCCCUCUUGGUGCUUUGAUUUCCUUACUCUACAGUGUGAAAACACAUAUUUACCUACUCUUGGGAUUGGGGGCACAUGUGAGGUGCUUGCAGAUAUCCUCAUUGUUUUAUUGUAUUUUAACAUAUUAUAUUCUAUUAUAGUAUUUUAAUAAGUGAGGUUUAUUUGCAAGUGUCCUUGUGCUGCCUUCUCCCAAGAAACCUAAUAUGCUGACUCUCGUUGAGUGCUGUACUAGAUAUGUUCAUUAUUUUAUUGUAUUUUAACAUAUUAUAUACUAUUAUGGAAUUUUAAUAAGUGAUAUUUAUUUAUAAGUAUCCUGGUUGUACCUUCUCCAAGAAACCUAAUACACUGCUGUCCUUCAAACCCUCUUCAACUUUUGACCUUACCUCUUACCUGCAUCAUUUUACACUAUAAAUGUUUAAAUACUUUAAAAUAUGAAACAUAUCUGGUCAGUGUUCAUGUUCCAGGAAGGGAAAGUGUGAAAGGGUCAGCAAAAUGACCUAUUUGUCUCUAUGUUUAUUACAGUUGUAAUGUAAUGCUGCUCCCCCGCCCUUUCCGCUGCAGUCAUUUCCACGCCUCCCAACUACUUCUCAGUCUGUGAACAUCCUAGCUAGCUAGUUCAUCACUAAGCUUG